AUGGUUUUGUUCGUAAGCAUCUUAGUCUACUGCAUUUUGGUAUUGGUAACACCUGUUACUGUGACCUGGGGCAGUUGGCAAGCCUUUGUUGUCAUUCGUGUCCUAAUGGGCGCCUUUAAUGGAGUCUUGGUGCCAGGAAUACAACAACAUUUGGCCAAUUGGUCACCGAAGGAGGAGCGUACACGUCUUGGAGCAUUUACCUAUACGGCGUUUGAUUGUGGUGCGAUUUGUGCCAUGUUUGUUACUGGUUUGAUAGCCACUAGUCCAUGGGGUUGGCCUGGCAUUUCUUAUGUGGGCGGCAGUUUGGGUCUUUCAUGGUGCAUACUUUGGUUAGCCUUUGGAGCCAAUAAUCCUGGUGUAUCCAAGUGUAUUGGGGAAAAAGAAUCUGCGUAUAUAUUAAGAUCCCAACCAGCCAAGGAUUCAGCUAAAAUACCCAUACCCUGGCGGGCCAUCUUCAGUUCAACACCUUUUAUAGCGCUAGUAGUCACACGUUGCUGUGGGCCCCUAAUCGGCGUGCGACAUGUACAGAUUGGACUUUUAUUUAUAUGCAUUUCGGUGUCAUAUUUCUCUAAGGUGAAUGUGGCCAUCUCUUUGGUGGCCAUGACAGAUGCAGCUUCUGCAAAUCCAAAUCAAAAGGAAUUCGAUUGGUCUGCAGCGGAAAAAUCAUAUAUCUUAUCCAGUUUUUAUUGGGGCAAUGUAAUGACUCAGUUUUUGGGUGGCUACUUUUGUCGGUUUUUCGGCGUUAAAAUGGUUUUGUUUGUAAGCACACUCAUAUACUCAAUUUUGGUAUUGGUAACACCCGUCACUGUGACCUGGGGCAGUUGGCAAGCCUUUGUUGUCAUACGUGUCUUAAUGGGCGCCUCUCAGGGCUUCUUGGUGCCAGGAAUACAACAGCAUUUGGCCAAUUGGUCACCGAAAGAGGAGCGUACACGUCUUGGAGCAUUUACCUAUACGGCAUUCGAUUGUGGUUCGAUUUGUGCCAUAUUAGCCACUGGUUUGAUAGCCACUAGUCCAUGGGGUUGGCCUGGGAUUUCUUAUGUGGCCGGCAGUUUGGGUCUUUCAUGGUGUACAAUUUGGUUAGCCUUUGGAGCCAACAAUCCUGGUGUAUCCAAGUGUAUUGGGGAAAUAGAAUAUGCCUACAUAUUGAAAGCACAACCAGCUAAGGAUUCAGCAAAAAUACCCAUACCCUGGCGGGCCAUCUUUACCUCAAUACCCUUUAUAGCGCUGCUGAUCACACGUUGCUGUGGUAUCUGGAGUGUUACGAUAUUGCAAACAGAAAUACCCUCAUAUUUGGGAUAUGUAUUAGAAAUGAAUAUCAAACAGAAUGCCUUAUACUCGGCAUUACCAUUUCUUGCAUUAAGUUUACUUGGCAUGAGCUUUCUCAGUGUCGAGCAUAAGACUUGGGCCAUUAUCUUAAUGACUUUGGGACAAAGUGCCUAUAGUGGGGCUACUAUAGGAAGUGCAUUAAACUCAAUUGAUUUAUCACCGAAUCAUGCUGGAAUUAUCACCGGAAUUAUCAAUACUUCAAAUGCCUUGGUGGCCCUUUGUGUACCCCUCUUGGUGGGUGUAAUCAUAACAGAUGUGAGCAAUCGUUCACAAUGGCAAAUUAUCUUUGGAAUUACCGCCUUGAUCUAUAUUUGCGGUAGUAUAAUUUAUAUCAAGUGGGGCUCAGCGGAAACUCAACCCUGGAACGAUGUGGAUUAUCUUAAGAGAGGAGUUUAUAUACAGCCAAGUAGACAGAUGUUGGCUUAG